CCACGGGGACGCGCCCGCGCUCCUCACGCACUCACCGCCGCGCGGCCAGGCCACCGGCCAGCCUCUCAGCCUCUCCUCCCCUCGCUGCUUCUCCUUCUCCUCUGUUCGGGCCCGGUUCUCCUUGACUCGUCCCCCUCCCGGUCGGACCGGGCCGGACCCGCUGACGGAUCACCGCCUUCCAGCCGCUCUGUCCCGGGACGCGCCGCUUCUUGCCGCCCUGGCCGCCCCGGCUGCCUGGCUCCAGGUCCGGGCCUAAACUCUCCCCCAGCCCGGCCCUCCGGCUUCCGGUCCUCUGACGGCCUCCAGAACCGGGCAGUGACGUCACCCGGGAAAAGUCGGCCCGGAUCCUCCGUUAGAUCCGGUCGGAAUAAAGUUUUACUCUGAGUCGGACCCCGCUGACCCGCCUGGCUGUCCCGGUACCGACAGGCCCGAACCCAACCGGAACCAGAACCAGGAUUGUUUACUUUGCUGCUGGAGGACAUCAUGUGGACCGACUGAACCGAACCGACACCGCGGGUUUCCUCCGGUACAGGAGGAGUGGGCGGAGCUAAACCAUGGCGGGCGCUUCGGUGAAGGUGGCGGUGCGAGUCCGACCGUUCAACUCCAGAGAGCUGGGACGCAACGCCAAGAGUGUGAUCCAGAUGCAGGGCAACAGCACCUGCAUCUCUAACCCAAACAGCCCAAAGGGAGCCAAGACCUUCACAUUCGAUUACUCCUACUGGUCACACACCACGCCUGAAGAUGAGAACUUUGCGUCUCAGAAGCAGGUUUACAAGGACAUCGGGGAGGAGAUGCUGCUGCACGCCUUCGAAGGAUACAAUGUGUGCAUAUUUGCUUACGGUCAGACCGGAGCAGGAAAAAGCUACACCAUGAUGGGAAGGCAGGAGCCGGGCCAGGAGGGGAUCAUCCCCCAGCUGUGCGAGGACCUGUUCCAGCGGACGGGUCAGAACACGGACCCGGACCUGACCUACUCAGCGGAGGUGUCCUACAUGGAGAUCUACUGCGAGCGGGUCCGGGAUCUGCUCAACCCGACCUCACAGGUCCUUCGAGUGCGGGAGCAUCCCAUCCUGGGCCCGUACGUGGAGGACCUGUCCAAACUGGCCGUGACCGGAUUCACCGACAUCCGGGAGCUGAUGGACGAAGGCAACAAAGCCCGGACGGUUGCUGCCACCAACAUGAACGAGACGUCGUCCAGGUCACACGCCGUCUUCACCAUCGUCUUCACCCAGAAACGCAGAGACCAGAUGACCAGCCUGGACACGGAGAAGGUCAGCAAGAUCAGCCUGGUGGACCUGGCUGGCAGCGAGCGCGCAGACUCCUCAGGGGCAAAGGGCACCCGGCUGAAGGAAGGAGCAAACAUCAACAAGUCUCUGACCACGUUGGGCAAAGUGAUCUCAGCUCUGGCAGAAAUGCAAAGCAACAAGAAGAGGAAAAGUGACUUCAUCCCCUACAGAGACUCUGUUCUCACCUGGCUGCUGAAGGAGAAUCUGGGAGGAAACUCCCGGACCGCCAUGAUCGCCGCUUUAAGUCCUGCUGACAUCAACUACGAGGAAACACUGAGCACCCUGAGGUACGCCGACCGGGCCAAGCAGAUCCGCUGCAACGCCAUCAUCAACGAGGAUCCAAACGCCAAGCUGAUCCGGGAGCUGAAGGCCGAAGUGGACCGGCUGAGGAACCUGCUGUUCUCCCAGGGCCUGCAGGAGCUGCUGCAGAACACCGUCAACAACAACAUCAGCCUGGCGGGAGCAGCAGGAGCAGCGGCAGCAGCAGGAGCAGCAGGAGCAGCGGCAGCAGCAGGUGCGGUCGCCGCCCCCCCGCCGCUGAUCCCAACAGCCAAUGGGAUCGCAGCUGCAGCAGACUCCGCCCCCGCAGAUUUUCCUUCUGCUGAAGCCGAAGCUCCACCUGCAGGAGACUCACCUGCUGACCUCGCCCCCCCCACCCAGAACGGCCGGGACGCAGAGGAGGCCGUGGCUACGGAAACCAUCAGCAAGGAGGAGGCGGCCGAGAUGCUGAUGGAAACGGAGAAAAUCAUCGCAGAGCUGAACGAGACGUGGGAGGAGAAGCUGAGGAAGACCGAGUCCAUCCGGCUGGAGAGGGAGUCGCUGCUGGCAGAGAUGGGCGUGUCCAUAAAGGAGGAUGGAGGAACUCUGGGAGUUUUCUCCCCGAAAGGAACGCCUCACCUGGUGAACCUGAACGAAGACCCGCUGAUGUCCGAGUGUCUGCUCUACUACAUCAAGGAGGGGUUCACCAGGGUUGGACAGCAGGACGUGGACGUCAAGCUGUCUGGACAGUUUAUUAAGGAGAUUCACUGUGUGUUCGUCAGUGAGACCAACGAGCAGGGAGAAGUGGUGGUCACUCUGGAGCCGCUAGUGGGAGCCGAGACGUACGUGAACGGGAAGCAGAUCACCGAGGCCGUGGUCCUAAAACAAGGUAACCGCAUCGUGAUGGGGAAGAACCACGUGUUCAGGUUCAACCACCCAGAGCAGGCGAGGCUGGAGAGGGAGCGCAGCGUCACGGCUGAGCAGCAGGGGGAGCCAGAGGACUGGAACUACGCUCAGAAGGAGCUGCUGGAGAAGCAGGGCAUCGACAUCAAGCUGGAGAUGGAGAAGAGGCUGCAGGACGUGGAGACCCAGUACCGCAAGAAGGAGGAGGCCGACCUGCUGCUGGAGCAGCACAGACUGUACGCAGACAGCGACAGCGGAGACGACUCCGACAAACGGUCCUGUGAGGAGAGCUGGAGGCUGAUUUCCUCCCUGAGGGAGAAACUUCCUGCUAACAAGGUGCAGAGCAUCGUGAAGCGCUGCGGCCUGCCCAGCAGCGGGAAGCGGCGCGAGCCGCUCCGGGUCUACCAGAUCCCCCAGAGGAGGCGGAUCAGCAAAGACCCCAAGCGGGUCACCAUGGAGGACCUGAGGAUGCAGGCCGUCAAGGAGAUCUGCUACGAGGUGGCUCUGGGAGACUUCCGCCACUCGCGGCAGGAGAUCGAGGUGUCCAUCGUCAAGAUGAAGGAGCUCUGCCGCAUGUACGCCAAGAAGGACUCCAACGAGAAGGAGAGCUGGAAGGCCGUGGCCCAGGACGUCUGCGACACGGUGGGCAUCGGCGAGGAGCGCAGCCCCCCCGCCGAGGAGGGCGGCGGCGGAGAGACGGGCGAGGGAGGGCAGAAGGGAAAGGUGUACGACCUGAAGGCUCACAUCGACAAGCUGACGGACAUCCUGGAGGAGGUGAAGCUGCAGAACAACAUGAAGGACGAGGAGAUCAAAGCCCUGAGAGACAGGAUGAUCAAGAUGGAGAGCGUCAUACCUGUCCAGGACGACGACAUGAACGGAGAAGGAGGCGAUUCCACGCAGAGGGAGGCAGGAGGAGGAGGAGGCCCUGACCUGGACCCGAACGACCCGCCGGAGGUCAGAGUUCAACGCCUCAUGGACGAGGACCCGGCGUUCAGGAGAGGGCGCCUCCGCUGGCUGAAGCAGGAACAGCAGCGCAUCCAGAACCUACAGAAGCAGAACAUCACCAAGAAACUGAGAGGACAGAACCAGAACCCAGGUCAGCUGCUCCCCACCGUCCCGGUCCAUCUUCCCGGUACCGGCCGCUUCAUCCCCCCCCAGGAGUGCAAACUGAAGUUCCCCUUUAAGAGCAACCCGGCCCACCGGUUGUCCUGGGGACCGGCCAGCGAGGCGCUGCAGGCUCUGGGUCUGGGCGUCGAGCAGGGCGGGGCGGCGGAGGAGGACGGAGCGGGGGGGGGCUCCCCCACGCCUCCCCCGCUGCUGCCCCUCCCCUUCCCCUCGGCCCCCCCUCGCAUGCGCACACCCAGCCCUCACCACGCCUGGCAACAGCGUAACCAAGGCAACCAGCCCGGCAACAACCAGAACUACCAGCGGCGCCAUCGCCGCGGCUCCCUGGACGGCGGCGAGCAGGGCGGGGGCGGUCACCAGGGGCGACCCCGGCAGCGCAGGGGGGCGUCGCCCGGCGGGGAGCGGGGGGGCCGGCCGGGGGCCCGGGGCGGCAGCAGGGACAGAGACGGAGGCUUCUACUACACCCAGCGGCAGCACCAUCAGUUCCACCCGCAUCCCUACUACGACUCCCAGAAUGCACCAUUCCAGCCCAACUACCACAGCCUGCCGCGCUCCGGACCCCCGCCCCUCCCCGACAUGCUGCUGGGGGCGGGGCCUCCGCCCGCCGCCUCAUCCUGGGCCUUCGGCACGCCGCCCAGGAUGAGGCGGCAGUUCAGCGCCCCCGACCUGAAGAACAAGGAGAACGUCAUGUGACCCAACGCUGGCCUCUGAUUGGCUGCAGAUCCUCAUGCUGUAGAGAGCAGACCGAGCGUGUGUGUGUGUGUGUGUAUCUGUGUGUGUGUGUGUGUGUGUAUCUGUGUGUGUGU